AUGGACACAGGAAAUCAUUCAUCAGUAACUGCAUUUAUCCUUGAGGCAUUAACAGACCGCCCAGGGCUCCAGCUCCCUCUCUUCUUCCUGUUCCUACUCAUCUAUGUAGUCUCCAUGGUGGGGAACUUGGGUCUGCUCUUUUUAAUCAGGGUCAGCGCUCAGCUUCACACUCCUAUGUAUUAUUUUCUCAGUCACUUGUCUUUCAUAGAUCUCUGCUACUCCUCUGUAAUAAUCCCCAAGAUGUUGGAGAGCUUCAUGUUAGAGAAGAACUUUACCUCCUUUCUGGAGUGCAUGGCUCAACUCUUUUUGUUUUGCUUCUUUGGUAUUGAUGACUCCUACAUGCUGACAGCCAUGGCAUAUGAUCGUUAUGUUGCUAUCUGCAAUCCCUUGCUCUACCACAUCACCAUGUCCCACAGAGUCUGUUUGCUACUAGUCACCAGUGUGUAUGCAGUGGGAGUCUUUGGAGCAUUGGUUCAUACUAGCUACAUAUCCACUCGCUCCUUCUGUGGAACUAAUGUCAUCCACCAUUACUUCUGUGACAUCCUUCCUCUUCUAAAUAUAACUUGUUUGAGAGACUACACCAAGGAGCUUUUGGUGAUGAUUGUGGUUGGAUUUAAUGUAUUUGCUUGUGCAAUAGCCAUCUUUAUCUCUUAUAUCUUCAUCCUUUCCAGCAUUCUGCAUAUACACUCAGCUGGUGGCAGGUCCAAAGCCUUCAGUACCUGCAGCUCCCACCUUGCAGCUGUUGGGGUUUUCUAUGGCUCCAUCACCUUCAUGUAUUUUAAACCAUCUACCAAUGACACAACCCAGGAGAAGGUGGCUUCUGUGUUUUAUACCACAGUGAUUCCCAUGCUUAACCCCCUGAUCUAUAGCCUUAGAAACAAGGAAUUUGCUAAAUUUAUCAAAGUAUUUUUAAACUCGAAAAAAUACGGAGUCUGGGGAAUGGAGAAAUAA